UAUCGAUCUAUUUUGUUCGAACCUCGAAAGCUCGAAAGUUGCUUGUCAGCUUUAGGUUCUAAUUUCACUAAGAGCGUAUUUGUUUGAUAGUAUACUGCCAAAAUGCCCGACUUUUUAGGAGAUGAAAUGAGGAAGGUAAAGAAGGACGACAAGGAUGAAGAAAAAGAAAUAAAGUCUCUUGACGAGGGAGAUAUCGCCCUUCUGAAGACUUACGGCCAAGGUCAAUACACAAAGAGCAUCAAGACUGUUGAAGAUGACAUCCAGACAAUAAUUAAGCGAGUCAAUGAGCUUACAGGCAUCAAGGAGUCAGACACUGGCCUGGCUGCACCUGCCCUUUGGGACCUAGCAGCUGACAAACAAACAUUGCAGAAUGAGCAGCCCCUGCAAGUGGCAAGAUGUACAAAAAUCAUCAAUGCUGAUUCUGAUGAUCCUAAGUACAUUAUCAAUGUGAAACAGUUUGCCAAAUUUGUUGUGGACUUAGCAGAUUCAGUAGCACCAACGGACAUAGAAGAAGGCAUGCGCGUUGGUGUGGAUCGCAACAAGUACCAGAUCCACAUCCCUCUACCCCCGAAGAUUGACCCCACAGUCACCAUGAUGCAGGUUGAGGAGAAACCAGAUGUGACGUACAGUGAUGUUGGUGGCUGCAAGGAGCAAAUUGAGAAGCUGCGUGAAGUUGUAGAAACCCCUCUGCUCCAUCCAGAGAAGUUUGUGAACCUUGGCAUUGAGCCCCCAAAAGGAGUCCUGCUAUUUGGACCUCCUGGAACAGGCAAGACUCUAUGUGCACGAGCUGUUGCAAACAGAACAGAUGCCUGCUUCAUCCGAGUCAUCGGCUCAGAGCUGGUGCAGAAGUAUGUUGGAGAGGGUGCAAGAAUGGUGCGUGAGCUGUUUGAAAUGGCUCGCAGUAAGAAGGCAUGUUUAAUAUUCUUUGAUGAAAUAGAUGCUAUUGGAGGGGCACGAUUUGAUGAUGGUGCUGGUGGGGAUAAUGAAGUGCAGAGAACCAUGCUGGAACUCAUUAAUCAGCUGGAUGGAUUUGACCCUCGUGGGAACAUAAAGGUGCUCAUGGCCACAAACCGUCCAGAUACACUGGAUCCUGCCCUCAUGAGGCCUGGACGACUGGACAGGAAGGUGGAGUUUGGGCUUCCAGAUCUCGAAGGUCGAACACACAUCUUCAAAAUCCAUGCUCGCUCCAUGAGUGUGGAGCGGGACAUUCGCUUUGAGUUACUGGCCAGGCUUUGCCCGAACAGCACAGGGGCUGAAAUCCGAUCUGUCUGCACGGAAGCAGGCAUGUUUGCCAUCCGAGCUCGAAGGAAGGUUGCAACAGAGAAAGACUUCUUGGAGGCCGUGAACAAAGUGAUCAAGUCAUAUGCUAAGUUUUCAGCCACCCCUCGCUACAUGACCUACAAUUAAGCAUUUCAUUUCCUAGUUAAUUAUAAUUAAUUAAUUAUAAUCUGAUAAUUAUCAGAGAGUAACAGGAAAAAAUUACAGUUUGUGUGUAAGGUUUUGCUUUGAAUUCAUUUCUGUGUGUCCAGUCAGCUAGUGAGUUGGUUGCCAUCACCAUUUUCACUGCCGUGAAAUGCUGAUGUGUAUGAAUAUGAUAGGUGGAAUCUACCACUGUUCUUUCCAGCUUCUGGACACUUGCAUUAACAGUUUGUCCAAUGAAAAUGUAAUACAUAAAGGUUCUCUGUAGCAAACUUAACAUAUUUUCAUAAGUUCUGAGUUUUUCAUGCCAGAGAUUGUUCAGACUGAUCGUUUGGGUUGUGACACCCCAGCUGAUAGAUACCAACAUUUUGGAGGAACAUGCUGCCUCCAUCUUCAUGGUUGAAGUGAGUAGGAUGGGGUGUAGGAUUGGUUGGGAGGAAGAUGAUCACUGAGACCAAGGGAAUGGGCUGGGGGGCAGGGAGAGGAGGCUGAUCCUGGCCAAUGGGAAGAGUGGAUAGGGAAAUGGCCUUUUAAAGGAGUACAGUAUGUUUUCAUCUCAAGUGGGAAAUGGAAUAGUGGGAAGGGAUGGCCCUCUUCAGGGACACAGUAUAUUUUCAGGGGAAAAAUGGGGUUCUAAGAAAGACAGUCUAGGGAUUUUUCAUUGAUGCAGAAAGUCCACUGCGAUUAGACUAAUUUGAAUGAGGGAAUUUCUUUAAAUUGUUUAUUAUUUGGGUGGGGAUUAGGAUUGUUUUAUUUUCAUAAUUUUAUUAUUUUAAGUGUAUUAGUUUAAGCAUAUAUCUAAGUUAACAGGAGAUUUCAGCUCUCUCCCUUCUGCAAGGGAAACAUAAGGGGUCCCCGAAAGAUUCAUAAUUUCUCACAGCUUCACUUUCCCUCCUAAAGAAAUAUUGCA